AUGAAAAGUGAGGAAGUUCUUCCCCCAACCAGCCCAAUCGAAGUAACAUUCGGCUUCGAACUCGAAUUCGCCAUCGCAUCGGUGCCAGAUCAGUACCUCGAUCCCAAACCGAAUGAUCCUCGACAGGCGCACGGAAUCACCAGACCGUCGGAUUACCCAAAUGAAUUUCUUCCUUACAUAUGCCCUCCAACUAUAGUGGAGGACGACGAGGAACAAGAAGACUGGGGUCCAGAAUGGUACGUGCAAUUACAUGCUUUACAAGAAGGCAUUGCCAAAGUCCUAACCGAGAAUGGACUCCCAGCUAUUGCUGAAUUCGAGCACGAAGAUCCCUCGAAAUCCGAAAACCCUCAAAUCAAGGAUUUAAAUCUCUGGGUAAUCUCCAUGGAUCGUACUAUCACCCAUGGCUUCGGUGACCCCGAAAAUAUUAACUACUAUUGGUGGCCAAUUGAAAUCCAAAGUCCAGCAUACGCCUACAACGAAGAAAAUAAACUAAAGGUAAGAGCUGUGCUUCAAACUCUCGACAAAGUUUACAGGACUAAGUGUGAUUUAAGCGCAGAUAUUCACGUUCAUAUCGGUAAUGGGCAAAAGGGGUUUGAUGCCCGCACGGUUAGGAACUUCAUGGCUUUUGUUUGGACUUUUGAAAACCAACUUGCAACGAUCCAUCCCCCUCAUUACAUGUCAGAAGAAGCAUUUUCAAGACCGGUGAGAACACACAGUAGGCUUGCAAUGGUAGAAGGUAUGUAUGUAGAGAAGUUAAUAGAGGAAGAAAGAGAAGAAGAGAUACAAGGGAUUAAAGAUAAUUACGUCAUAGACACCAUCAUGGAGCAAGUAUCAGUUGACAGACUUGUAAUAAUGCUAUCAAGUCCAUUUCUGAAUGAAAACCGCCUCACGAAAAGACUCACAUAUUCCAUCUGCAACCUAGAAACCAACAAGGAAAAGGUGAAAAAGACCAUCGAAUACAGACAGCACAAAUCAACCUUAGAUGACGAGGAAGUAUAUCACUGGAUCACCGUCUGCAGAACUAUAGUCCAUUUCGCCAGUACAGUAGACGAAGACCUAUUAAAAGAAUUCUGUAAAGAACAUCUCCACGACACCGUAGACGAAUUCACCAUCGUUGAAGUACUCAUGGCCAUUAGUCUUCCCGCGCAAGCUUACUACUAUGGAAUGAGAGUCCGGGCUGAAAAAACGUAA